GCUGCGCUCGGCUCCCGUCUGCCGGGCGCGUUUCCCGGCCAGCAACCACCUUAUCCCCUCCUUCCUUGCUCCAUUUCGAGCUCGCUCCAGUGCUCCACCUCGCCGCGUCGUCCUCUCCUCUCAUCACUCCGCCGGCGGCAACCCCCGCACGCGCCAGGCGAAAUGGAGGCUGCAGCUGCCAUCCGCACUUUCUUCUCCUCCUCCUCAGUAGCGGCAAAACCCCGCCGUCUCCUCGCGGGCCUGGACUCGCGGCGCGCCCUGGCGCUCGAGGCUCCACUACCGCCCCGUGCCAUCGCCUCCUCCCGCGCGCCGCUGGUAGUCUCCAGCCCGCCCCCUCCCGCGUCUGCGGUGCCCGCGCCCGCGCACGCCAAGGUCGACCGCUCCGGCCGCUUCUGCAGCCCCCGCGCCGCCCGCGAGCUCGCGCUGAUGAUCUCCUACGCGGCGUGCCUGGAGGGCGCCGACGUCGUCCGGCUCUUCGACCGCAGGGUCAGCGCAAGACGAGAGCCUGGGUUUGUUUUCGACAAGGCAUGCUUGCUGAGCUACAACCAUAUGAGCUUCGGCGGGGGACCCCUCGAGGUUGGGACGGAAGAAGAGGCUGAGAAGCUGACCAAUCAGAACGAGAAGGAUUCAGCCAAUGAAGCAGAAGUUCUUUCAGCUCCUCCAAAGCUUGUUUACAACAACAUUGUUUUACGAUUGUCCAGGGAACUUUUAGUGGCUGUUGCCAGUGGAUGGGAUAAACAUGUUGAUAUCAUCAACAAAGUAAUUCCCCAGACUUGGAAGGAUGAGCCUGUGGCAAGGAUUCUUGAGCUCUGCAUUCUUCAUAUUGCUAUGGCAGAGAUGACAUCAAAAGCAACACCACACAAAGUUGUCAUUAACGAGGCAGUAGAUUUGGCAAAGCGGUUUUGUGACGGCGGUGCUCCUCGGGUAAUCAAUGGAUGCCUUCGAACAUUUGUAAAAGAUCAUGUCGAUGUUGCAGGCACUAGUCAGCCAGCUGAAUCAAAACCGUGAAGUUUUUGCAAAUACCAUGAAUCGUACAUCAGAAAGGUGUCUAAAGUAACAGAAGUAUGGGAAAAACCUUGCUCUCUUCGGUCAAAACUCCUUCAGUCAUAGAAGAUUGAAUGUUGAACCGAGAGGAGGCAAACAUGGGGGGACUCGUCGAGAGCCAGUGACAACUUCAGUCUUUAGUGGGUGAUUGGGUUAAAUAUACUGAGCUACAAGCUGAUGAUGCACAUUCAGAUCCAUCUGAAGCUACUGAAGGGUACUGCUUCUGAUAGUCUUUAGUCCUGCUGACCAUUGUGGUCCACCCAAAACAUAUCCUGUAAAAACUUGAUGACAAUGUAAUGUUAUGCUUCCAGAAUCCAUAUGAUCGUGUUUUGGUAUAUUUCAAUUUAGCUAUAGGAGGAUUCUGAAAUUCUGAUGUGGCAUGGUGUAUGUAUACACUUGCAUGAGUAUUGUGUUGUGCUAACUUUA